UAGUCCAGAUCAGAAUCGACAUGACAAAAUAUCAGAAUUCGUGAUAUCAGUAAGACCUGUCAUUGUGAAACUUCAAAAGAUCUUGUGAAUGGUGUCAUCAGCUAAAUUCUAACUAGAGAAUUAUGCAGCUGCUGUCGAAGAGCCCUGUUCUUUCGGAAGGAAGUGCGGGGGACGAGAAGGAAGAUAAGAAGUGCGAGGAUGGUACCGUGAUCAAAAAGAAAUUUCCUCAAGGAAUCUCCAGUGCACCUCCAAUCCAAUGCAGAGCUGUUACAUCCGACAUACAGCUCACCAUCAACAACUGCAUGAAUCGUUCCAAUAGUGCUGUUGGAAGCAAGUACAAGGGUGUGAUAACAUCUGAAAGAUUGGGCCAAAUGAAGAAGCUGGUAGAAAAUGCCGCUGCUAAUGGGAAAGUUUUCACGAUAAGAGGAAACUGGAACGUAAUCAGACAGCAGCUUAUCAAACGUGAUUGGCUGGAGAAAGUAGAAAUGCCUGAAAAAGAAAAAACCAAUCUUUGCGCCAGGAUUCGCGGCAUUACAGCUUCUGAUGAACUUAUAGGCAAUUUACCACUGAAACAAGACUGGGAAAGCCCAUCGGCGUAUGCAGAAAAAUGUGAAAAGUUGAUUAUCGCACGCCUUCUUCAGAGGGUCGAUGCGAACUUAUUCUGGAGCAUGAAAAGGGACCAAUUUGACCAAAAGCAACGGUCAAACCCUAACAGAAUGUUGAACAGAUUCAGCAGAAGUCUCUUUGCAUCAAAAGAAGGUUUGGCCCUCUUGUUACAGAAUUAUUAUUGGUUCACAGAACCUGACGUUGCAACGGUGAACUUUCCUAGGUGCUUCGUAUUAGAUGUUUUGAAAGGUUUCCCAGAACAUUUCAACCACUUCGUUGACAACUUCAGAAUGACGGCUGCUAUAAGUUUAUUGAAAUAUGUUGUACAAACAUACGACACCACUAAAUUCAAGUACUGCGUGGAAUUAACAGACGGAAAAGUUCCUAUAUCUUCCUUGAAAUUCGGGAUAGACCGGUGUUUGGAGUAUAUCGCCAGUCAAAAACACUUGGAUAUCGACAGGGAUUUCACCAGGGUAACACAACAGGAAUGGGUUAAUUUCAUAGACGAUUACUAUUUGAUAGUUCAUAAUGGGGAAAAAUUCAAAACCUCGACGGAUACUCCGAUAUUGACAAUUGUAUCACAAGCUAAAGCGAUUCUGAAGGACGUUGCGAAAUAUUGGACGGAGUACGAUACAGAUGGAUUCAGAAAUAUUUGGAUUCUAAAACCUGGAAAUAAAUGUAGAGGAAGGGGUAUUAUUCUGGUGAAAUAUCUGAAAGAAGUGGAGAAAAUUAUGAAUUUGAAAUUGAAGUAUGUUGUGCAGAAAUAUAUAGAAAGACCGCUGAUCAUUUACAAUACAAAAUUCGAUAUAAGACAAUGGUUCUUAGUCACAAGUGCUCAACCUUUAACCAUUUGGAUGUACAAAGAAUGCUACUUGAGAUUCAGUAGCCAAAAUUACAACCUGGAGAAUUUCCACGAAUCUUUACAUCUGACCAACUACGCCGUUCAAUGCAAAUACACAAACAUGGAACAGAGGGAUAAAUCCUUGCCUAAGGAUAACAUGUGGGACUCGCCAACGUUUCGGGAUUACCUGAGAAAGCUGGGAAAAGGCGACAAAUGGGAACAAGUUAUUUACUCAGGUAUGAAGGAAAGUAUAGUUUGCGCGAUGCUGGCCAGCCAGGAUACGAUGGACCGUAGACAGAACACUUUUGAGAUGUACGGAGCAGAUUUCAUAUUGGGAGAAGAUUUUAGGCCUUGGCUUUUGGAGAUAAACUGCAGUCCGGACAUGUCUUCUUCUACUAGCAUCACGAAGAGGAUGUGUCCGCAAUUCUUAUCUGAUAUAGUCAAAGUCGUGAUAGACAGACGCAAGGACCCAAAAGCUGACGUUGGAAAUUUUGAAUUAGUGUAUAAGCAAGUCCUUCCCAGAGCGCCCCCCUACUUAGGAACAAAUCUGGCCAUCCGUGGUAAGAGAAUGCUCAGAAACCGAGCCUUUAGAAUCAAACUAUCCUCUAGGACCGAGAAAGAGAAAGAGAACAACUUCCAGAAGAAGCAGUCUCUGAUGAGAGCUGAACUGUUGCGUAAGACGACAGUUCUGCAGAAGUUGCCCAAGAUAGUCCAACAGGAUGUGUACAAAGGACCUGUUAUCGAGGACUUGAUUGAAGAACUCCAAAAGUGCUGCCAGAGUUUAAGCGAAGAAAAAUUUACGGAUCAGUCUAAGAUCAGACCAACAAGCGCGAAAGGUACCAGAAAGAGAAAAGAGAAACAAGAAGUGGUUGCCCGUAAAAUCAAAGUUAUGUAAGAAAGCGACUAACAGGGAACCAAGAACCACCGCUAUGCUGACAUUGCCGAUCAAUAUUUGGGAACCAAACACUGCCAUAAUUGUUGGAAAAGGCUCUUCGAACUUAUCUUCCCUUUGAAUAUUCUAAUUUUCUACUAUUUACCUUUUAGUAGCAAUAUUCCUGUCUGCCAUUUAAUAAAAUUGUCAAAAAUAAA